AUGUCUUCUCCGCGUGCGUGUACGCUGUCGUCGUCGUCGCGGCGGUUCAGGCGCGUUUUAGAUUGUUUUCCAUACGAUCCCGUUCGCGCGUUGCGCGUCGUUUUUAAGUCUACUCUAAUAAGGACUUUUCCCGUCGUUCAGGCGCGGCCGUUAGAACCGUUCCGGAGACGCGGCCGUUCGAAGGUGAAGGUUCCGAUUUCGAUCGAAGAGAACGCCGCCGCGGUCGCGGCGACGCUCAGACGACGACGCGUUCGAGCGUUCUGGGUAUCGUUCGUCGUAAUUCCUUUCCUCCCCGCGUCGAACGUCUUCUUCUACGUCGGCACAUACAUAGGCGAGGUGCGUUUUAGACUGCUUUCCGUGCGACCCCCCUCGCGCGUUGCGCGUCGUUUCUCAAGGACUUUCUCACUUCCUACGCAGCGGUUGCUGUACGUCCCGUCCGUGGGCGCGUGCGUCCUCGCCGCGGACUUUCUCGAGGCGCUGUCUCACUCUCCCCGCGGAAGCUUCUCCGGUCGAGGAGAAAGCGGAGGAGGAGGAGGAGGAGUCCUUAAGGAUCGGCGUUCACCACGCGAACGGGGUCGUAUGGGAAGCAGUCUCGGAGAAAGCGGAGGCGGAGGAGAUAAAGUCCUUAAGGAUCGGCGUUCACCACGCGAACGGGGUCGUAUGGGAAGCAGUCUCGGAGGAGGAGAAAGCGGAGGCGGAGGAGGACUCGAAAGCGAAAACAAACGAAAACGAAAAAGGCGACGACGCCUGUCGUUCGCGUCGUCCGUCGCCUCCAAGGCGCUCGCGGCGACGGCGCUCGUUCUCGCCGCCGCGAAGACGACGCGUCGGAACCUCGCGUGGAAGAACGACGCGACGCUUUUCGCCGCCGCGCGCGAGACGUGCCCGAACAGCGCGAAAACGUUGGUGAACCUCGGGAUACUUGGUGAGAGAAGCGCACUGGUUCCCAUACGACCCCGUCGGCGUGGUGAACGCCGAUCCUUAAGGACUUUUCCCGGCGUCUCUCUCCGCCCACGCCUCGCUUUCAAUACCCGCCCUCGACGCCUUUCAACUCCACCACUGACGCCUUUCAACUCCGCGUGA